CACUCAAUAUCAUGAUAUUAAUUUACAUCAUUGUUCCCUUUUAUUCUUCUUUCCUUGCAACUACUUUUUUAUUCAUACCCUUCUCAUGCACAAUCCCUUUUUUCAUAUUCAAACAAAUCAAUAGUACACUUCCUCAAAUACUACCUCUUUCCAUCUUCUUGCUUAAUUUCUUUGCAUCCAUUUCAUAAGGUGUGAAACAAGGACUCACUCAUCAUGUUGAGGUAAACUUGAGUUGGUCAAUUCAAGUGUCAACAAAGUAACUUCUCUUUCUUUUCAUUCUUGUCUUUUUUAUAUUUCACAACUUUUCUUUUCCACUAUGUAGCCAACAUAGAAAAAAUUCAGCUUCAAAAGUUCUUUUCCUUUUCAAACUUGAUGUUAGAUUAAACAUGUGUGAUUGUGAGGAUGUUCAUGACCCUUUUCUCUCUUGUUCACAAAUUCCAUUUUUUUUUUCUAUAUGCCAUUUUGGUUUUACACUAUGUGGUCAAGGUAGAAAGUUUCAGCUCAAAAAGUUGUUUUUUUUCUUCUUUUCUUUUUCCAAACUCAUGUUGAACAUGUUUGUGACUAUGAGGAUGUUUAUGUCCUAUUUCAACCCUAUUCUCUCUUAUUCCUGAAUUCCAUAGUUUUUCUUUUUUGAAAAAACAAAGCGAAAAGAGCUAAAUCUCAGUGAAUUGUGGGAACAAAGCCACUCUGCAACUUACAAUAGCUCGUCGCGUAUUUAAGGUUUGAAUCCAUAGUUUUAUUGCUUUGAUUCUUCAUGAUAUAUCUAAAUACCAUAGUUAAGAAUUGGAUGGAGUAGAACUACAAAACCAUGAGAAAUCAUUGUCCUCACUCCCAUAUUGUGCAAACCCUAUGGUUGUGUUUGUGUUUCCUACUUUUCUUUGAAGUAGCUUUGGCUGGUAUUCAAAAAAUUGGCAAAAUCUCUCCUGGACUUGAAGGCUCUCAAAUGAAUUGGAUUGACAAGAAUGGAAUGUUUCUUGUCUCAAACAAAGGUGAAUUUGGUUUUGGCUUUGUCACAACAUCAAAUAACAACACAUUGUUUCUACUUGCAAUAGUCCACAUGGAAAGUUCCAAGGUGAUUUGGACUGCAAAUAGAGAAUUUCCUGUUUCAAAUUCUGAUAAGUUUGUGUUUGAUAAAAAGGGGAAUGGUUAUUUACAAAAAGGUUCAGUUUUGGUUUGGUCUACUAAUACAAGUGACAUGAAUGUUUCUUCAAUGGAAUUAAAAGACACUGGAAAUUUGGUUUUGCUAGGAAAUGAUGAUAAAGUGAUUAUUUGGCAAAGUUUUAAUCAUCCAACUGAUACAUUAAUGCCAAUGCAAAACUUUACUCAGGGAAUGAAACUUAUUAGUGAACAUGAUUCUAACAACUUUACCUAUGUCCUUGAAAUUGAAUCUGGUAAUGUUAUUCUUUACACUGGUUUACAAACUCCACAGCCUUAUUGGUCUAUGCGAAAAGAUAUUCGAAAAAUCAUCAAUGAAAAUGGCGAAGAGGUAGCUUUUGCAACUCUUGAUGAAAACUCUUGGAAGUUCUAUGACAAUAAGAAAUCUUUGUUGUGGCAAUUUAUUUUUGCUGAUGAUUCAGAUGCUGCAAAUUCUACUUGGAUUGCUGUUUUAGGAAGUGAUGGCUUUAUCACUUUCUCAAAUCUACAAAACAGUGAUUCAAUUGGUUCAUCUACAACAAGAAUUCCACAAGAUUCUUGUAGUACACCACAACCUUGUGGUCCUUACAAUAUAUGCAUUGGUGACAAAAAAUGUAGUUGCCCUUCUGUUCUUAGUUCUAGUCCUAGUUGCAAACCGGGUUUUGUCUGGCCUUGUAACUCAAAAAGUUCCAUUGAGCUCAUGAAAGGUGAUGAUGGACUUAACUACUUUGCACUUGGAUUUCUUCCACCUUCUUCGAAAACCGAUUUGAUUGGCUGCAAAAAUUCUUGCACUGAAAAUUGUUCUUGCCUUGCUAUGUUCUUCCACAACAGUUCAGGAAAUUGUUACCUUUUGGAUAGGAUUGGAAGCUUUGAGAAAACUGAUAAUGAUUCUGGUUUUGUCUCUUACAUUAAAGUCUUGAGAGGCAGAAACACAGACACGGACACUAAAGAGAGUGGAAACAAGAAUAAGCAAACGAUAGUUGUUGUAAUCAUUGUGAUACUAACAUUGUUUGUCAUUUUUUGUAUGAUCUUUGUAGGGCUUAGAUACUUAAAGAAAAGGGAAAAUUUGCCCGAAUCUCGACCAGAGGAUUCAGAAGACGACGACAAUUUCUUGGACAAUUUAACUAGUAUGCCAAUACGUUACACUUACAACGAUCUUGAAUCCGCGACAAAUAAAUUCUCGAUGAAGUUAGGACAAGGCGGUUUCGGAUCGGUUUACAAAGGAAUUCUACAAGAUGGAACUCAAAUAGCUGUGAAAAAAUUGGAAGGAAUUGGUCAAGGGAAGAAAGAAUUCAGAGCUGAAGUUAGCAUCAUUGGAAGCAUUCAUCACCAUCAUUUGGUAAGGCUUAAAGGUUUUUGUGCAGAAGGAUCUCAUAGGCUUCUAGCUUAUGAAUAUAUGUCAAAUGGUUCAUUGGAUAAAUGGAUAUUCAACAAAAACAAAAGAGAAUUUACUUUGCCUUGGGACACAAGGUAUCAUAUUGCAAUAGGAACAGCUAAAGGACUAGCUUAUCUACAUGAAGAUUGUGACUCAAAGAUUAUUCAUUGUGAUAUCAAGCCAGAAAAUGUGCUUCUAGAUGAUAAUUUUCAAGCCAAAGUUUCCGAUUUCGGUCUCGCGAAGCUCAUGAACCGCGAACAAAGCCAUGUUUUCACAACGCUGAGAGGAACAAGAGGGUAUUUAGCACCAGAGUGGAUCACAAACUAUGCUAUAUCAGAGAAAAGUGAUGUUUAUAGCUAUGGAAUGGUGUUGUUAGAGAUAAUUGGAGGAAGGAAAAACUAUGAUCCUAAUUAUGAAACAUCAGAGAAAAUACAUUUUCCAACAUUUGCUUAUAAGAUGAUGGAACAAGGAAAUGUGAAAGAUUUAGUUGAUUUAGAAGUGAAAGUGUUUGAAAAUGAUGUGAGAGUUGAGAUUGCUUUGAAAGUUGCAUUGUUGUGCAUACAAGAAGAUAUGUAUUUGAGGCCUUCAAUGAAUAAAGUUGUUAAAAUGCUUGAAGGUGUAUGUGAUGUUCCUAAGCUACCAAAAGGGUCUCCAUUAGGUUCUCAAUUUUAUACAAAUUUAGUAAGACCAACAAGUGAGAGUGGAACUUCUUCUGAACCAACAGAGGGGAAUAGUGAUGCAUAUCUCUAUGCUGUUAGACUUUCAGGCCCAAGAUAACAUUAGCCAGUAGUUGUAACCUUUUUUUUAUUAAUCAAAUUCGUAUAGUAUUAUUAAUUCAUGUUUUAUUAAAA